AUGGAAGACAAUCAUGGAAACAAAUUUGUAUAUUUACAACCUUAUAUUCACCAAGUUGGGGGACAUUCGUCGAUGCUCUGUCUGGAUGAAAACAGGGUAUGCAAGCCAGUAGUUGAAAGAGAGCUUUUAUUCUAUAGAUCUAUACCAGAUGAGUUGAAACCCUAUGCUCCCAACUUUUUGGGAAUUGUUGAAGUUGAUGUCGUAUUUGAUGGAGAAUAUAUGUACCUGGUUGCAUUGAAUGGAGAAGAAUCAGUUAAAAAAAACUCUCAAAUAGGCAGAUUAAGAUUACGGCGUUCUGGGAGUUUUGAAGUUUUGCCUACAAAAUGCCAAUUUGAGGAUGAAAUCUCCAAUGGAAAAAAUGGUACUACUGACAUGAAUCCAUGGGUUCUUAAGUGUCAUAGAGACCAUCUUGUUGCUCUUGUCAAAGCCAUACAUGCUAGCAAAAAACCACAAAAUUUUCUUGUUCUUGAAAAUCUGACUUGUGCCCUUAGAUUUCCAUGUAUCCUUGAUCUAAAGAUGGGCACAAGGCAGUAUGAUGAAAGGGAUAGCCUUGCCAAAAGACAAAGUAAAAUGUUUAAAGUUGUGAACACUACAACUGGAAAAUUAGGAUUGCGGGUUGCUGGAAUGCAGGUUUAUCAAGUUACAACAGGAAGAUUUUUAUGUCGAAAUAAACUUUAUGGAAGAGCACUAACACCUGCUGGAUUUUCUAUUGCAAUGAGGCAGUUUUUACACGAUGGCGUUCGUCUGAGAAUAGAAUUACUUUCUCCAUUCAUAAGAAAGUUGGAAGGGCUUGCUGGUAUUCUUGGUGAACAAAAUAGUUUGAGGCUGUUUACAACAUCUCUUCUGUUGAUCUAUGAAGGUGAUAGCACAACAAUUUUGCAAAAUCAAGAUAGGCUGAAAGAAAAAAGGGACAGCGUUAUUAGAAGUCGUGGAGUGUCAUUAGAUGAAGAAUUAAUUGACAUGGACUAUGAAUAUAUUACAAGAAGCACUUCAGCCGAGAGUAUAACAUCCCUUCUUGAAGGAGUGACAGAAGUUAGAGCUACCCGCUAUCAUGGUAGGAGGAGGAGCAGCAGUUGCGCAGGCCAACCCAGAUCAUCUUCUGAUAUGGGCCUCUCAGACCAGGCAGAAGAAGAGCCUUUCACAGAUGUGAGAGUGAUAGAUUUCGCUCAUUCUUCACAUUCCAGUAUGGCAGAGUGUGGAGUGUAUAAUGGCCCUGAUGAAGGAUUCCUCUUUGGUUUGGAUAACAUUAUUGCUAUUCUCAAAGGGAUUGAGAGGGAUUACAGUAAGAAUCUAAUUGACCAUGGCACGAUAUGA